AGGAUUUCUAAUGGCAUGUUUGUUAUCAAUGGACAUUCUCAUAAAACGAGGAAAAUUAGUAAAAUAUCCAAUGAAUGGACAACGAGGAACAUUAAUAAAAGAAGCAUUUUCACCUGGGAAAUCUUUCAUAAGCUCAGUUUUCGGGGCAUCAUCACAGCACGCUGAACUCUCAAAACACGAAAUUUGGGAUUCAUUACAAUGCGCUAACAUUGACAAAACCCAAACGGCACCUAGAUUAAAACCACGUGGCGCAUGGUCGAAUGUUCCGCCUGAGUUUUAUCAUUUAAAUUGGACCAAUACUAUGCUUGAUAAUCAUAACGUCUUAAAAUGGCCGAGAGAGGACAUUUGUGACGUGCCAGAUGAGGAAAAUCUACUCCUGUUUCUUGUUAUGAGUGAUAUAUCCGGUAAGCGUAUGCGGGAUGCAAUAAGGGAAACAUUCGCCUCAGUAAAAAAGUUUGGAAGCUGGCAGAUUCGUACCAUAUUCAUAUAUGGUGAUAAACUCAAUCAAACGUUAUCGAAUGUGACGAACGGAGAUCUUUUAGUUGGAAACUUUUCCGAUGACUAUAGAAAAAUGACAGAAAAAGAUGCUUUUGGUUUUAAAUGGAUUCAGUUAUAUUGUCCAAAAGCAAAGUAUGUUUUUCGGAUUACACAUGAUGUUUUCAUAAACCUCACAGAAGUUGUUCACUUUCUGGACAAAACAUCCAAUCUAAAUGUCACAAGACUUUAUCAUGGUGCCACAGUGCUCGUGCUGGUAAAUCAAAACUUUUGAGUCCUGUAAAAUGGAAUAUAUAUUACCCGACCUAUAUCCAAGGCGGUGGUAUACUCUUCAGCCAAUCAGUAAUACAAGAUAUUAAUUUCUUACUAUGUAAAGUCCCAUUAUGUUUUCCGGAUGAUACAUACAUUGGCGCUUUGAUAGAAAUGCUUGGAGUGCCACCUACCGGACGGUGGCAAUAUCACUUACAAUUCAAGCAAGAACACGAGUCCCGUUUAGGACAAGAUCCCAAAAAUGCAAGCAAGGUUAUACCCAAAGGCACCACAAUUGUGCAUUAUUACAAUGUAUUGGAUCCCAUUAAUGUACAAAAACUUUUGUGGAAGGCAUAUUUAGACACUACACCAGUAGGAUUACAUAUUACCCACAUAUUACUCUUUGAGUAUUUUUAAUGAAGAUUCAACAUUUUCCUGAUAAGUAAUAUACCCGAUGAAGUUUACCCACACUACUUUUAAUGGAGUUGCAUGACCCUCUCCUUAAUUAUAUGACUAUAUCUUAGUUAUAUGAC